AACCAGACGCAACGGUGGAGUACGACACCCAACCCCGAGCAGAACCAGACGCAACGGUGGAGUACGACACCCAACCCCGAGCAGAACACCCAUGACGCCCGCAGCCAACAACGGCGGAAGCGUAGCCGCCGCCAAGCCCGCCGCGGGACGAAGCAAACCUCUCCUUCCACCCCGAGUAAAUCCACCCAAGUUACUCCUUAUAGUUGCCCGGAUUGUGGGAAGUUCUUCACGCGGAAAUCCUUCCUCGUCCCCCACCGCCGCAUCCACACGGGUGAGAAACCUUUCACCUGCCACGAGUGCGGGAAGAGUUUCCGCGUGGGUUCGGCUCUGAACCGUCAUCGACGGAUCCAUACGGGGGAAAAACCUUACGAGUGUCGGGAUUGCGGGAAACGGUUCCGUUUGACUUCUACUCUUACUACUCAUCGGAAAAUCCACCUGGGUGAAAAAUCGUACGUCUGCUUGGUUUGCGGGAAAACGUUUCGUUCUGACGUUUAUCUCCUCGCUCAUGAAACGACCCACGGGGAGGAAAAUCCUUUCCGGUGUUUGGCGUGCGGGAAGGAAUUUCGUUUGAAAAGAUAUUUGACCAUCCAUCAACGUAUCCAUACGGGAGAAAAAAAUUUUCAAUGUCAAGUGUGUCAAAAAAAAUUUGGCCGACGAUCCAUUUUGGUAGUUCAUCAACGCGUCCAUACGGGAGAAAAACCUUACGGGUGUCCCGAGUGCGGGAAAAAAUUUCUGUUGAGUUCCGACCUCGUCGGACAUCGGAGAAUUCAUAGCGGUGAAAAACCUUACGAGUGUUUGGAAUGCGGGAAAAGAUUUCGGUUGAGUUGUCAUCUGAGUAGACAUCAACGAAGUCACAGCGGGGAACGACCUUACCGUUGCGGGGAAUGCGGAAGGAGUUACGCCGAUAGUUCCGGUUUGUGGAAACAUCGACGGAUUCAUACGGGGGAAAAACCCUACAAAUGUCCCGUCUGCGGGAAACGUUCCUCCGACAGCUCUACUCAUCGGAGACACCGGCGAAGGCACGCGGAGGUGAAACCCUACAAAUGUCCCGUUUGCGGGGAGUGUUUCGGGGUUGUGGGCGCUCUCCUGAAACACCAACGGAUCCACACAGGGGAAAAACCCUACGCUUGCUCCGUUUGUCAUAAAACCUUCCGGCAAGCUUCUCAUCGGACGAGGCACGAAGAAAUUCAUCGGAGGAGUAGGGAGGAGGGCGAGUUGAGGGAUGUGUCGGAGAACUGA